AAGGUAAAACAGACAUAAAUAACAAAACCGCGUUCUGGUACCCCCACAGCUUUAUAUAAUGUAAAGUCCAAAGCGAGCACUGCCACUGAGGAGUGAGGAAGGGUUCUGGAAAUAACGGAGGAAGAAGCUAACAAAGUUCAUAGAUAUUUAUUUGAUUGGCAACUAACAAAGUAGAUAAACAAGGAACAGCAACAGGAUUAGGAUUAUUCCAUUCAUUCAUUGUUCAAUUCAAUUUCAGUCUCCGAUGGGUAACUGCUUCUCCGACGUCCCCGGCGGCCGCGCUGCCAUCGGGGGAACUGCCCGAGGCCUUCUCAACGCCAUCGACGCUCCCAACGACGCUGUCGACAACUUCCUCAGGUCCCGCGGCUACCACGGCCUCUUCUCUCAGAUCGAGCUGUCGUUUUCUGCUUCCGGCUUGCGUGAUCGAGAUUUUCUCUCUAAGAGUGAUCCAAUGAUGGUUCUUUAUACAAGAGGGAAACAUGGAGCACUUGAGGAAAUCGGCCGUACUGAAGUGGUUCUGAAUUCUUUGGAUCCUAAGUGGAUUACUAAACACUUAAUCAUGUAUCAUUUCGAGGUUGUUCAGUUUUUAGUGUUCCGAGUGUACGACGUUGAUACUCAGUUUCACAAUUUCGAUGUGAAGAUGCUUAGGCUAGAAGAGCAACAAUUUCUAGGUGAGGCAACUUGUGCAUUAUCGGAGAUAAUUAUAAAGUCUGAUCGAUCAUUGGCAUUAGAGCUACGUAGAGAAGAUCCUAUCAGAUCUAUGCAUUCCCAAAAUUGCGGGAAGCUCUUGGUGCAUGCAGAGGAAUGUGUUGGCUCAAAGACUACAGUAGAGAUGAUAUUUAGGUGCUCAGAUUUGGAAAAUAGGGAUCUCUUCUCAAAAAGUGAUCCUUUUUUGAUAAUAUCAAAACUUGUGGAAGGUGGUACCCAUAUUCCAAUUUGUAAAACAGAAGUUAUAAAGAAUGAUCUCAGCCCACAGUGGAAGCCAGUGUUCUUAAACAUUCAACAAGUAGGAGGCAAGGACAAUCCUUUGAUACUAGAGUGUUAUAACUUCAAUACCAAUGGCAAACAUGAUUUGAUAGGAAAAGUGCAAAAGUCUUUGGCAGAGUUGGAGAAGCUUCAUGCUAGUGGUCAAGGAGAAACUUUAUUUUUGCCUACUGGCGGUGGUCAUAAUUCUCAUAACAAGGUAUUAAAGAGCCGGGUAUAUCUGGACAAAUUUUCUGAAAGUGUCCAAUAUAGUUUUCUUGAUUACUUGUCUGCGGGUUUUGAAUUGAACUUCAUGGUGGCCAUUGAUUUUACAGCUUCAAAUGGGAAUCCACGCCUUCCAGAUUCUUUGCAUUAUAUUGAUCCUUCAGGACGGCCAAAUGCAUACCAGAAGGCAAUUGUUGAGGUUGGAGAGGUGCUACAGUUUUAUGAUUCAGACAAACGAUUUCCUACAUGGGGAUUUGGUGCCCGACCAAUUGAUGGUCCUGUUUCCCAUUGUUUUAACCUCAAUGGAAGCAGUCACUAUUGUGAGGUGGAAGGGAUCCAAGGAAUUAUGAUGGCAUACACAAGUGCCCUGCUUAAUGUUUCUCUUGCGGGACCAACUCUUUUUGGACCUGUCAUAAGCAAUGCUGCACUUAUUGCCAGCCAAUCUGUAGCAACUGGUGCAAGAAAGUAUUUUGUUUUGUUAAUAAUCACAGAUGGAGUGGUGACAGAUCUCCAAGAAACAAAAGAUGCCCUUGUUAAAGCCUCUGACCUACCAUUAUCAAUCCUUAUCGUUGGAGUUGGAGGAGCUGAUUUCAAAGAAAUGGAGAUUUUAGAUGCUGACAAGGGAGAGAGACUCGAAAGUUCAUUCGGACGUGUUGCUUCACGUGAUAUAGUCCAGUUUGUUCCAUUUCGAGAUGUUCAAAGUGGAGAAAUUUCGGUAGUUCAAGCACUUCUAGCAGAAUUACCUACUCAAUUUUUAUCGUACAUGAGAAACAGGAAUAUCCAACCGACUCUCUAAGGCAUGUAAAGAGGAACCAUUUUCAAACUACAUAGUAAAAUGCUCUAUCCAUUGAUCGUUGUGCCAUUUCAAGGCCCUCACAGUAUAUUAAAUUGAAAUUUGGCUAAAGGGUGCAAACUCGCGCUUUGUGCUGAAUGCUCAUUUAAUUGAAGGUCAAGAAGGGUUCGCUAGCCAACUGCAUUUAUCUAAGAUUGGUAUCUGUCUGAGCGAGCUUUAUGGGUAGGAUUUCCUUUCCUUCUUGUACUCAUGAUUUGUGGGUUUUGUGGCAGGUUCGUUCAGAACUACAAAUUGGAGUUUGUUUUCUUCAAGCUCUGGGGAAAAUUUUAGUCGUUCAGUGAACGUUGAAAUCCAAUAAGUGAAAAUAUUUGUGAAUUGAUACUUUGAUGCAAGUUAGAUCAUUUGUGGAUGUCUUUAGAUGGAAAUUGAUUAUAUCCAUGAAGUUAGUAAAGGUUACUAGUUUUUUUUUAUCAUCAAUUCAUCUCUGAAAAGUAAAAACUACACCUUGUAGAUAUGUUGGAAGACGAAGAAAACCUGUUUUGUGUUGGUUUCUUGCGUCUGUCCGUUUUUUAGUUUUAGUGUUUUACUUUUACUGUAAUUAGAGUCCUUUAACCUAAAUUUUGUUAGUACAUGUUUUCGAUGCCAAGCUGAUUCAUUUAAAAAAAAAAAAUGUAGCCAUUAUGAAAUUAUCGAAUGGUGAUUCUGUUUA